UGGUGCGCGCGCAGAGCUGGCGUCUUUGCCCCGUGCGACCUCGGCCGUGUACCUAGCCCGCCCCAGUGUUACAGCCAUGGCUCCCCCUCUUCUGCUGCGGCAAGGACUGGCUGGGGCGCUGAAGACUGGGCUCCAAGCAGGGUUGCUUCGAGGACUUGCUUCUACGAUUCCUCUGUCUGCAGAAUCGGGAAAGAGUGAAAAGGGCCUGCCACCAAAUCCCAAGAAGCAGAGUAAACCAAAACAUGUAGUGGAACCAAAGGCGAGGGGCAAGCUCCUAGCCUCCCACCCAGCAGCUGGACUGUCUAAAAAGCCCUCUCCACCCAGUUCUUACCCGUCAGUUGUGAAUAAAGGCGACAUGGUAGCUAGUCCUGACCCUGAUGACCUCACACUGCUCACAGAUGACGGGGGGCCGAGAUUUCUGGCAAGGAAGACUUUGGUAGAGUUUCCUCAGAAAGUUGCUUCUCCAUUCAGAAAGCAGGCUUCUGAUUUAGGAACUCAGCAGGGACGCAGGACAGCGGCUGAGGAUUCGUCUUCGUCUUCAUCUUCGUCCAGCGACUCUGAUUCAGAGUCUGAGGAAGAGGAGGAUGUCUCAGAAGUUGGUCCUCGAGUGGCAAGCAAAGCCCAAGGAAAGUUUCCAAAAUCCAAGGCUUCCUUUGAAGACAGAACCCCCAAAAUUGUGAUAGCGGCUAAAGAGGAGACCUGGUCCCAGACGCCACAUACGGACAGCACAUAUCCAGAGAAACCCCGUCAGCCAGAGAAGAAAACAGCGCCCCAGGCAGAAGUGGGUGAAGGUGUUAUGAAGCAAUAUGUUAAAGAAAAACAAUCGCAAAAAGUAUUUAGAGUGAAUGAAAUGGAUAAAAAAAGCCAAAAACCAGGCGAACUGAAACACAGCUUACCUGACCACACAGAUUCGGGAUCAUCUGUACCACCAAGCCCAGUGCUGAUGCCACUGGCAGAAGAAACAGGGGCAGAAAGACAGCUGCACGCAGCACCUCCUGAGACCAGGGGAAAAAACAUGGAGGAGGAGCAAGUGCCAGAACCGAAAGGGCAGGAGGCUUCUCCCUACUCCAGAAAAGAGGAUUUGAGGAAGCAGGUGGCUGUAGGGAACAUGAAGGCAGCUCCUCAGACUAAAGAAGUAGUUUUGGAAGAUCGGGUACCUGUAGGAAGUGUGAGGACGGUUCCUGCUCAGAACCAAGACGUUUCCAGUGAAAAGAUCCCAGCACUAACCCUUGAGGAAAAGGGCGAAAUAAGUCAAGACUCCGCAACUCAACUGGAAGACCCAGACAACAUACAGGAGACUGAGCAAGCAGCAGCACCUGCCAGCCCGUCUGACACCACCACCUACAAGAACCUCCAGCACCACGACUACAAUGCGUACACCUUCAUAGAUCUGAACCUAGAGCUGUCGAAAUUCAGAAUGCCUCAGCCUUCAUCAGGACGGGAGUCACCACGACACUGAGAGCUCAGAGCUCAAAGAUUAUACCUUGUCUUUGCUGCUUUCUUGCUGCACAAAUAAAAUCUGCUCCGCAGUCA